UUCCAAGGAUCGUCUGCUGCUUUGUUGUAGUGACUCAACACGUGUGAAUAAGAUCUCGUCGUUCAUUGUUUAAUAGGCGUUCGUGACUAAAGCUGACCAGCAGAGAUCUUAUCGUUUUUGCUGACCAUAUGCGAGUUGAAUUUGUUCGUGUCGUACAAAUGAUAAUGGCCCGUCGUAUAAAAUUCUUAAGGACUUGACAGACCACGUGAACAAUGCUCCCCAGUCGAAUACUCGAAGGAGAAAGUUCGACCAAAGAAAUCGCCUAUAUUUUUUAUAUGGUUAUUUUAUUACGACGAGACCUUGUUAACACUUUUUUCGACAGGUAAAAAAGAAGCGGCUGUCAGUAGAGUGAAAGGGCUGAGGGCAGCUGCAACUUUUUUCGGCAACUAGAUCUCUGGCCCUGCACAUAUUUGUACAUGUUUGUCUUUAAUGAUUCACCAUCUAUAAAUACUGAUGUCUGGUGUUACUGUUGGCCUUGGCAUUAGGCAUGGAUACUUACCGAGACUAAUGUCUUGUAAUUUUAGGUCUUUACCCAUAAAUCUGUGGAUUUAUAUCCCGUUCCUAAAGGCUCUGGAUGAAUGCCUUUCUCGAAACCACCAAAAGCUCCAUGUGCCUGUGAUGUGAUCUACUCAAUGUGUGCUUAAUACCAUUGGUUCCUUGAAGAUUCCAUCAAAGGAUGAAGGCUACUUGCAGCCCAUUGGUCACCAUUUCACCUUUGGGGAAACUUUAACAUGUAUAAGUUAUGCAUCAGUGCCAUCUUGCUUGCUGGAGUGCUUGCCGAUCCGGAGGCAGCUGCUGAGCCCCAACAAUAUCCCAAAUCAGCCUAUCCAGCAGCUUAUGGCCAGAAGUACAACAAUUACUGCAACCCGCGAAAGGCACCAACCUGCGCCAAAACCGGCACUGAAACUUUUUGUCUGAAAGACACCGAAUACCCAGAGAAAGAAGUCAAGUACGCCAUCGAUUACGACUCGUUGGUGCUGAAGAAAUACGCCGAUGUUGCCGAUCAGUCGGCCGAUAAUUUGGUCGAUGGACUGACCUCUUUGGCUGAGGCGCACUUCGACUACUCCAACUACAAAGGGAAAUUCUUCGAGAAGGGCCACUGGUCUGGUGACGAGGGAUACAUCUGCCCUAGCGACGUCGUUUAUGCUCGCCCACUCCGAGCAGUGAAUGUCGAUGGAGAAUGGCGGGUCAUCGUCCAAGAAAACGCCUGGCCCGGAUACACCCAGACUCAACGCGUCGAAACUUGUUUGUUCCCCGGUGCAACUUGUCGCACCUUGGCCCCUUGUUUUGGCAGCAAAUGUCUGCAAAAAUAUGUUUACCAGCGGAUGCUUUCCUUCGAUCCUUGCGAUCCCCAGAAGGGAAUCUUCAUCGACAUCUACAAGUUGCCAUCGGCCUGCUCUUGCCACAUUCCCGGUAAACUGCACUGAAUAAAUUAAUUUUUCCAAAUGAAAUUCCAUCGUGAUGUUCAUUUAAUUUAAAACUUUCAAUGUGGACCUUACGAUGAUAACUUAACUAACACUUGUCUUAAAAUAACAUAACUUGAAUCUAUCAAUUUGAAAUUCUGCUCUUGUAUUUCAUUUGGUUUGAAAUUGUGAAAUCUGAAAAAUAUUGUUACCAAAUCAUACUGAGGAAUUUCAGAAUAAAACUGGAUAGGUUUUGCC